UGGGUUUGGGGGAAGUUGUGUUAUUUUCAGACGCGUUCAACGCAAACACCAUACACAAGCUAUAAUUCGGAUUGAGGUAUUCCGGAUUGAGAAAGUGGCUGGCUCUCGUUCGUGAUGUUCUCUCCAUAGGAGAGGCGGGUUUGGAUGCAAUGCUUGCUGAUUAAAGGCCCAUCCCAAUGGCCCAAUAAGAACACUGCACAGAGGCCGAGAGGCCGAGGAAAAAAAGGUCCCUUGCAAGCCUCACCGUCCGGCAUACCACUCUGUUCUGAGCUGUGACAGGUCCUGCCAUUGGCUGCACAUGCUUGCCUUGGGCUUGACUGCAGACAUGCUAAAGUCAGACGUGGGUCGUCGCCGGCUGCUUUUUGACGGUGUGAUUCCGCCUUCCAUGUAUGGAAGCCGGGUUUUGUAUAUGAACGAUCGUGUUUUUUCUCCAUGGCAUGGAGCUCAGUUUCCGACUCCUCCCACACAAACCCACGCAGAGCCGUGUAUUCCAGACAACCAACGCGACAUGUCUCCCGAGCAGCUCAACAACUACUGGAUCCCAAACUGGAGUAUCCAUAAGCGGGUGUUGACACAACAGCUCCAGUGUUACUUGGGACCGUGCGCGACGGUCCGGCCGUACACUCGUCAUGGCGAGGAUGGAUUCCUCAUAACGACUCCCGGAGCUUGUUUGACGGACGAACAAAUAGACGACAUCUGCCUGAAAUCCAAGGACAUCUGGGACAGGCAGGCCGCCGCCAAACUGCGGUCGACCCCAGAGAAGCCGCUGAAAAGGCCACUACACCAACCAAUACUUGUGUCUCAAAUCAGGAGCUCCGCGCCCCGAUUAAGAGGCAGGGCGGCACGACGAGCUCGUGAACCACGACCAUUAUCAAGGUAGUCAGUCCAUCUCUUUCCGCACGCCCGGAGCAAUGAGUCGUCCUCCAGCUUCAUGCAAAAUGCGCCAACCGAGGUGUUUCCUGGUGUCGCUGAACCAGGAUGCUUGAGAGUAUGUAUGCGCUUGCUCAUUGUUUGGGGGGGGGGGGGGGG